AUGUCGAACAGUCAACCCAAGCGUCCUGCACAGCAGAAAAUUGAUGGAUUUUUUGCAAAGCGAACUUGUGUUGCGGACUGUGAUGACUCCUCUGAGAAGUCUGACAGUCACCCCAUCGUCUGUAGUAUUCAUGACGUUUCCGGAGAAGUCCCAGUCAAGUCUGCUGUUUCCGAACCUCAAGUUGAAUCUGAGUACUAUGCUGACUCAAUGUUCAAGCUUAAAGAGUUCACAUCCAUUUCAGCCAAUCUUCAGCAACGUAUUGAUGCAACGAUCAGUCAAAGAUCACAAGAGCGGACAGAGUUUGUCCCUUCGGGUCAUCGUGAUAAUCUUACUAGUGAUGGUGAUCCGCAAAGCAACUUUCACGCCCUCAUUCGCUUUUUGCUGUGGCAUCAGAAUCAGCUGAUGUUGUGUAUGGGUGAUGAGCUGAUUGCAACCAUUGUGAGAGAAAUCAAGAAAUCGCAUUUCUAUGGCAUACAGGCAGAUGAGGUCACGGAUGUAAGCGGACGAGAGCAGCUUGGCAUUUCAGUUCGAUAUGAAAAGGAGACGUACGACGGUGCAGGAUCAAUGAGUGGUCAUCUAAACGGAUGCCAAGUUAUAUUCAGAGAAGUUGUUCCUGAGGCACGAUACUUUCAUUGUGCAAGUCAUCAGUUAAAUCUCGCUCUUACUAAGGCUUGUGCGGUUAAUCUGUUCAAUAGACAGCGCUGCCUAGAAACUUGCACUGCCGUGCUUAACCUAGACCGAAAGCAGAAGGGGAAAUUGGAGAUAUGUAGCCUGACGUUAAAGUUGUUGUCUGCAACACGUUGGGUUGAGCGUCAUAUCGCCAUUUCUGAUUUCAUCAAGAUAUACGAGGCCACCAUUUACUGCCUUGAGGUAAUCUGUGGCCAAAGUCCAGUUCCAUCCAUUGAUCAGCAGUCAGAAGCUCGCAUGGCCCACCCAGAAGAAAUCAAUACGUUUGACGCUAAGUCCGUGAUGGAGGCAAAUGGUCUGCUACGAGCCCUGUCAUCGGACAAGUUCAUUGUCACUCUUCAUUGCAAUGCGUUUGUUUCUGGCUACUUGAAGGGCCUCAGUGUUCUUCUACAAGGGUCUCACUUGGAUAUCCUCGAGGCCUACUUAGAGAUUUCCAACACUGUUCAGCUCUUCCAAGAGCACAGGGAAAAGGCUGUGGACACAUUUCGCAACAUAUACGACUCCAUCUGCUUGAUGACUAGUCUGUUUGGAAGAGACACGUCAGAAAUUCCUCGUUUGGCGGCACGUCAAACUCUUCGAAGCAAUCUUCCUGUAUCAAGUCCCGAUUCAUAUUGGCGGGCAUCUGUAUUCAUACCCUCUAUAGAUUCUUUGAUUUCAGAGUUGUGUAGUCGGUUCACUAGUCUCUCUGAAAAGGCCGUUCAAGCCCUUCUCCUUCUCCCUGCCAACAUGAGAAAUUUAAAAGAGGAGAACAUCAUCAACAUCUUUAGUGCUUAUGAGUCAGACCUACCCGAUGCUUCAUCCUACUCAGCUGAGAUCAACCGAUGGCGCAAGAAGUGGGACAAUGCGUUCCAGACACGUGAGACUCUCCCAGUUACUUUGAAGGAGACAAUGGAGGCGACAAAUUCCUUGCUGUAUCCAAAUAUAGCGCGAAUUCUACACCUUCUUGUCGUCAUUCCUGUCACAUCAGCUAAUGUCGAACGCGCUAACUCAGCACUCAAGUUAAUCAAAACGAAUCUACGAAGCACAAUGUCACAGGCCCGUCUGAAUGCUCUGAUCAAUGCAUUUGUACAUUAG